GACCUGGCUUGGCCUUCACUCCCCUUCGCUUCCCUUUCUCCACAGGGACGGAGGGGCGUGGAGUCCCCGAGAGCUUGCACAGAUUCUCCUCGCUCCCCGCCUAUCUCCCGGCCAGCCUGCAGAUCGCUCAGGCUCAGGAGUCCUUCUUCCUCAAAGAAGCCAACCAGGACCUCACGAGGAACGCCAGCCUGCAGGCCCGGGUGGAGUCCUUCUUCAUCUACCGCGCCAGGAUGCCCCCGACGGUCAAUGUCACCUACGGCCCCUUCUCAGCUGAGAAGGGGGUCCCCCCGGAGCUCCUGCUGCUGCCCUCCAGCCCCUUUGGGGAGAUGGAGAAGUUCCACUUCAACUGGAAGGUGAGAGCCCACAUCCUGGACACCGCCAUCUACUCCAACCGGCCCAAGGUGCAGACGCUGUUCUAUGUCACCGGCAUGGACUGGGAGGACGCCGGCCUGGAGGACGAGCUGCCCUGCAUUAGGAUGUUUGCCUUCCCUGAGGCCCGAGAGGUGGCCGCCGGCUGCCGGCUACAGGGGGUGCCUGGGCUGUGCGUGGCGGAGCUGGAGCUGCUGCCCGAGUGGUUCAGCUCCGGGCUGGACCUGGAGCCCGAGGAGGAGAUCCCGGCUCUGCUGGGGGGCACAGCCAUGGAGCUCUUCUUCGCGCUCUACCCGGUGGACUCAACCGGCCAGUGUCCCCAGGCGGAGGCCGCCAAGUGGGAGAACAAUAUCCACUCGGAGCAGGACGGGCCCCCACAGGCUGCGCGGGAGAGGAUCGGCAGCGUGGUGGUGUAUCCCACCCAGGACGACCUCAAGUGGUCCCUGCUGAGCCUGGACCGCAACAUCGUUCUGUCCGUGCCACUCAACCUGGUGCGGGAAGGGGACACGGCCACCUUCCUGGUGUCUCUGACCAGUGGCUCCGUGGCAGACCACUUCACCCUCAGGUAAGGGGUUUCGAGGGGUGAGAGGGGAUGGAACCAACUUGGUGGGGGCAUCAUAGUGAACUGUGCACUCAGGAAAUGGCUGUUGGUCAUUUGCUGAGCGUCCAGUACAGGGAGGAAACAGAUGAUUGUGACAGGGA